AAGAGCAACAUUCUCUCAGACAACGAGGCAGUAUCUUGUUCUUAUUCUUCUCUACAAUACCAAAUGUCCUCAACUCCUACUGAGCCUUUGGAUCUCAUCAGACUUCUCCUAGAUGAACAAGUCUUUGUGAAGCUUCGUGGUGCCAGAGAAAUCACAGGAAGACUACAAGCGUACGACUCGCAUUGUAACAUAGUUCUAAGUGAUGCCACCGAAACAAUUUAUGAUACAGAUGACUCCAAUGGUCUGAAAUCAACGACAAAAAACUCUGAAAUUAUCUUUGUCAGAGGUGACUCGGUGAUCUUGGUAACAUCCCCAUCUGAUCAAUGA